UUCCACCACAACACCUUUCUUUCUCUUUUUUAGUAGCCUCAUCUUGGGUCUUUCCUGAGAAAUUUGCUUGUCUGACCAUUCAUGGCUCUAACGGAAGACAAACAAGUCAUUCAUCAUGUGCUAUUGGUGGCAUUCGCAGCUCAAGGUCACAUUAAUCCAUUGCUUAGACUUGGCAAACGCCUUGUCUCCAAGGGCCUCCAUGCUACACUCGCCUGUACCGGAAACAUCCAAGAACGCUUGCUUAAACAAUUUGCCACCACCAACACAGAAGACGAAAGCAACAACAGCAAGAACCACUCUAUUUCUGGGAUCCAACUUCUGUUUUUCUCUGAUGGGUUCGACUUAGACUAUGACCGCAAAGCCGAUUUAGAUCACUACUUCAACACUCUAGAAAAAGUCGGUCCUGUUAACCUCUCAAACAUGAUUAUAGAACACUACUAUAAUAACCACAAGAAGCUCUCUUGCAUCGUUAUCAAUCCGUUUGUUCCUUGGGCGGCUGAUGUUGCUGUUCAGCAUAGAGUCCCUUGUGCCUUGCUCUGGAUCCAACCAUGUUCAAUCUUUGCUAUUUAUUAUCGUUUUUUCAACAAACUAAACUCGUUUCCCACCUCAGAGAACCCUGACUUGAGUGUUGAGUUACCAGGCUUACCAGUGUUGUCCACAGAAGACCUUCCUUCAUUUGUUCUUCCUUCAAAUCCAUUCAAUAGCCUCUUAAAAAUGAUCUCCGGUUUGUACCAAAACAUGAAGAAGCACAAAUGGGUACUGGCCAAUUCAUUUUUAGAGUUAGAGAAAGACGUCAUUCACUCCAUGUACGAGCUUUGUCCAAUACGACCCGUCGGUCCUCUGGUCCCCACUUCACUACUUUGUGAAGAUGAAGACUCCGAUGUUGGCGUUGAACUCUGGAAACCUGAAGAUGCUUGCUUAGAAUGGCUAAACAAACAAUCAGCUUCUUCAGUUAUUUAUGUAUCAUUUGGUAGCAUCACCGUCUUAUCAGCAAAACAAAUGGAGGCCAUAGCAACAGCACUGAAGAAUAGUAAUCAUCCAUUCUUAUGGGUUGCCAAGCAACCAGAAGUUCCUACAUCUGACGGUGCUGGACAAUUACCAAAUGGGUUCAUCGAAGAAACGAAAGACCAAGGCUUUAUUGCAUCCUGGUGUCCCCAAACAAAAGUUUUGGCCCAUCCAGCAAUUGUCUGUUUCAUAACUCAUUGCGGGUGGAAUUCUUUGUCAGAAACAAUAGCUGCAGGAGUGCCAGUCAUCACAUUUCCUCAAUGGUCUGACCAACCAACAAAUGCCAAGCUUGUUACUGCUGUUUUCAAGAUCGGUCUAAAGCUUAGGCGAAACAGUGAGGGUAUUGUUAGCACUGAGGAAGUGGAAACAUGCAUUGAAGAAAUCAUUAAUGGACCCAAAUCAGAAGAGUACAAGAAGAAUGUAAUGGAAUUGAAGGCUGCAGCAACGAAGGCAGUGGCUAGCGGCGGGUCGUCAGACUUGAAUAUUCAGUGGUUGGUUGAUGAGAUUAGCAAUGGAAAUUCUUGUGAAAGUGAAGGUUUUCACUUUCUAAGUGACAACCAGUCAGCAGAACAAGAUAAGGUUACGACUUAAUUGUAUUAUUAUAGCUGUUCUGGUUCACAUAAUGGGAACUGUCUUCAUCAUUUGUGAAAAUUGAAAAAGGCAUGUAUUAUUGAAUAGUUGGAAUAAUUUGAAGUAUGCAGCUACGAUCUGAUUUGUCUAUUAAUUGCUAUAAAAAUAAUGACUAUGAAUAAAUGGUAAGGAUAUCUAUCUCUUAUGGUA